AUGCAAAGCACAGGUGAUGAACAGUUAUCCGCGCAGACAACUACGUCUGAAUCCGAUACCGAGAGGGUGAAAAAUGAGGUGCCUGGCAGUCACAAGUUAAAUUAUGUGCUCCCCUCUACUGUCGCUUCUGUAAGAGAUGGAUGGCAGUGGACAUGCCAAAGUGGGGCCGUAGUGUCUGGUCUUUUGGCUGCUAUAGCCGCUCAAUUGUUGACACUUUUUUCGACGCCUCCUCCGAACCAGGCCAGUCCCACGCCCCAGGCCGUUCAAGAUUUCCUUCUCAUCACCUGUUAUAUUGCAAUUUUCUUCAACAUCAACGCGACAAUCUGCUCAUUUACUCUGAUCGACAAGCUAGGCGAAAUAGGGUUCAAGACUUCUGCAAACAUACCUUCUUGUGAUCCGGAGAAACAAGGUGGCCAAAUUACAUGCACCCAGGAAGGGCUUUUGCAGAAAUAUAACGCGGGCAGGACGUGGAGACCGAUGCUUUGGUUUUGGCUUUUCAACUUCUUCGUCGGCGUCCUCUCGUUGAUUGUGUCGAUCAUGACAUUUGUUUGCAUCCAAGGGAGUAUCGCAAUGAAAACGACGCUGGGUCUCUCUGUCUUUAUCGACACUUUAGUCUUGUUCUAUUUUAUCGUAUCGAAUGGCUUUGCAGAUUGA